GGGACCGACACGUGACCCGGCGGCCUCUCAUUGGAGGCCCGCUGCGUUCUCUUAGUUUUGGCUCUCGCGGGGCUGCUGCAGGAAGAUGGCGGCGGAGCUAGUGGAGGCGAUGAACAUGGUGAAGAGUUUCCGUGUGCUGGACCUGCAGACUCUGCUCUCCUCCGUGGGACGCAGUAAGAGCGGGCUGAAGCAGGACCUGGUGAGCCGGGCUCUGAGGCUGGUUCAGGGGGAGUGCAGCCCCGAGCUGCUGCGGGAGAUCCGGCAGCUCUACGAGUCUCGCUUCCCCAAGAAGGCAGCCAGGGCGGCGGUGGCAGCGACGGCUGUGCCUGUGGGGCUGGGGGUGGGGGGCUCUCGGACGGGCUACCACUCCUCCCCCUCCCCCAACUCGUCCUCGUCCUCCUCCUCCUCCUCCUCCUCUCUGCGAUCCGGGGCACGGUCCCAGGUGGGCUCCUACCUCAACGGUCUGGACAAGCCCCCUCAGAGCAGGCAGCCUGCAGGCAGUGUCAAGCUAGCCAGCCUCCCCUUCUACCAGACCCUGGAAGUACUGCUGCCGCCCACAGAGCUCGUCCCACAGAAUAGCGAGAAGCUGCAGGACACUCCGUGUACGUUCGAGCUGAGCAAGGCCCAGGUGGAGCGGAUCAGGAACUCCAGGGAGCUGUACACUGGGCUCAAAUCGGUUCAGGUGGUGCUAAGGCUCUGCUACGCAGACACCAGUGGUGUUCAGGAAGACCAGUACCCCCCCAACAUCGCGAUCAAAGUGAACCACAGUUACUGCCACGUACCGGGUUACUACCCCUCCAACAAGCCGGGGGUGGAGCCUCGCCGCCCCUGCCGACCCGUCAACAUCACGUCAUACCUGUCAACGGCAACCAACAGGCUCGUGGUCACCUGGGGCAACUACGGCAAGAGGUACUGUGUGGCUCUGGAUCUGGUGCAGGUGUUGACGUCAGAAGAGUUGUUUGCCAUGAUGAAGCGCUUUUCAGUGAAGAGCCCAGAGCAGUGCCGGGAAAUCAUUCAAGAGAAACUGCGGUACGACCCAGACAGCGAGAUCGCAACGACGGGGCUGAGAGUGUCGCUCAUGUGUCCGCUGGUGAAGAUGCGCCUGGCCGUGCCCUGCCGCGCCCUGACCUGCGCACAUCUCCAGUGCUUCGACGGUGUGUUCUUCCUGCAGAUGAACGAGAAGAAACCCACCUGGACCUGCCCUGUGUGUGACAAGCCGGCCUCCUUCGAGCUGCUCAUCAUAGACGGGCUGCUGUGGGAGCUCCUGAAGAAGACGGAGGAUGUGGAGGAGAUAGAGUACCUGGCUGACGGCUCCUGGCGUCCGAUCCGAGAGGAGAAGGUGCGGGACCGGGAUCGGGAGAGGAGCAACACACCGGAGUACCCAGUGAUGCAGAUCGGCUCCCCCGAAGUGAACGGCCACUCCCCUGCGCACAGCAGCGGCAGCCAGGGCGGCGUGGGCGGGCCGGGCGCGGUGGUGGACCUGACCCAGGACUCCUCCACGGAGGAGGAGGAGGAGGAGGAGGACAGCGAGGGCGACUCCGAGGAGAGUGAGGAGAGGCCGGCGCCCAAGCGAGGGCGCUACGCCUAUGACAAGGACCUGGUCACGGCGUACUGACCCCACCCCCCCACUCCAGUGGAAGAGGGGGCUCUGGGCUGGGGAUUUUAAAACCGGAGGACUGGGGGGGGGGGGGGGGGAGGAGAAUCCCCGCUCUGAUCACGUGACAGACAGACCUCAGAGAAGCACUCCUUGCGAAGUGUAGAGACUGGCGCAGGCAACCCCCCAGGCUGCUUCUACACAGGAGCCCUGCUGCCCCCCUGCAGCUGCUUGUCUUGGGCUGGGGGGGUAGCGAGGUGGGGGGGAUCAAGAGGCUGGUUCAAGGGACAGCUGAUUUAAUGUUUGUUUUUUUUCUUGUAUAAAGUGAACCUGUUUGAUUUGUAUAGGCUGGGUUCGGCACACAGAGCCAGUCCGGGAGCAGAGGCUUUGUGGAGCGCACAGGUUUUGUGGAGCGCUUGUUUGGGGGGCGCGGGGGUGGAUUGGGGAGCCCCGAUUCGAUGAGGGGGUGAAAGGGGGACCCCGGGGUGCGGAUUCCGGAACAAAAUAAUUAUUGAUGUUUGUAAAAAAGAAAUAAACAAAAAAAACAAAACACAACAUUUUUUUUCUGAGAAACUGUUAACUACCUCAAAAGAUCCCUAGUAAUUUUAAGAUACAUGGCUUGUAAACAAUAAUAAUAAUAAUAAUAAUAAUAAUAAUAAUACUAAUGCUUUUAUUUCUAGUCUUGCUGCUUGAGAACGGAGAAACCAAACGAACUCCAGGACAGUUUCCACAAUGGAUUAUUAUUUAGUUUUUCUUUCCAUGGUCUUGUAGUUCGCUCUUCUCCCUGGAAUCCUGCCUCAUUGCCUCCAGGAACGUUGCUCCCAACCUGCUGCUGCUUCACACUCGCUGGAAUUUGUACAGAAAUCGGGGGGGGGGGGGGGUUCCAAACAUCCAGUCUUGUGUUGUUUCUCCUUGUCCUUCUUACCAGUGUAAAGUCAUUAUAGAGACAGGAAGAAGGGUAAGGAAAUACACCACGCUGCGAUUCUAGUCUAGUGUUGUAUUCGUUUGGAACAGAUACAAGGUAGGGUUAGGGUUUAAAUAAAUAAAUAUAGAUUGGGCAGCGAUUUCAUCUAGUCUCUCAUACGGUACAGGCAAGAAACAAUUAAAGCUCUUAGCGAGUGCGUGCGUGCGUGCGUGCGUGCGUGCGUGCGUGCGUGCGUGCGUGCGUGCGUGUUCAGAGCUUGGCAGGGGUCGUUUAGAGACUGGUGUGUCAGGUAGCAGGUUUUGCUUAGCCUGUCGAUAUUUUGUCUUUUGCUUGGAUCCUUCUGAACAACGUCAUUGCGAGUUUGCAGUUUGUUCACCUGGCCGGCGUGCAGCAGGGGAAGCUGAUGAUGUUUCUUGUGUGCAGUGUGAGUGCAGGAGCAGGGCGGCUGGGUGUGUGAGCGCUUCAUUCACAGGGUCAUGUGCAGAAUGAGAGAGGGAAUGAGAGAGCCACAAAUGGAAUAUUUCAGGUAACUAAAAUAAUAAUACAAGUUUAUUUUUUCUAUUAUUAUUAUUAUUAUUAUUAUUAUUAUUAUUAUUAUUAUUAUGAUGAUGUAUUUCUCCAUGGAUGUCCCAGUGGAGUGAAAUGUCUGUUUAAAUUAAAAUAAUACAUAAUAAAAUCCAUGACAGACAGGCUGUGUUGCUCCUGCUGAGAGGAGUCAGCCCGGACGAGGACCCCCUCCCCACACCUGUGUGUUUUCAGGGCUUGUUUUUUCCCGGGACGCAGGCGAUGUCUCUGUAGUGGAUGCUCUUCAUCCCGCUCUGAAGUCCCGAAUGUACAUUCAGCAUCUCAAGUGGGUUUGCGAUUCUUAAAUAGCUACAGAUCGCGGCUUCAGUCAGUUUGACCAUUUUCUCUGAGCACACUGGAAAAACACACCUGGAAAAACACAACUGGAAAAACGGCGGCAACCUUUUUUUAUGUACUUUUUUCUUUUUUUUAAUUUUAAUUUAUUCUUUAUUUAAUUUUUUUUUUUUUUUUUGCAGUGAAACCCGGGUACAUUUUAAUUAAUGAGCAACAGAUUAGUAGCAUAAUGUGGUGAUGUACAAAAAUAAGGCUUUUUGAUGAGUUACGAUAUGUCUUAUAAAACAGCCCCCCCCCCCCCCCCCCCCCCCCGGCUCCCUGCCCCAACACUAAACCCCGCUUUCAUCCCCGCUUUCGUGUCUAGUUGUGUGUGUGUUUUUGUUUUUUUUAUAUGUUCAUAUUAAUAAAAAUUAAAAAAUAAUAAAAAAUAUUUUAUCAA